AUGUGCCAAGUAAGAAGUGGUCAACAUCUGUUCCUGAACAAGGCAUCGCAGCCAUCGCCAGCGCGACCCCAGAAGCGGAACCGUACUGAGUCUCCAGAGCUCUCGCCCGGUGCAGAUUGCGAGCUUGAGUUCGAAGGGGACCACACAAGCGAUGAGGAGUUCAUCCCGCGAAAUGCCAAGCUUGCAAGACCUGCGUUGAUGAAGGAUCUGCCGUUCGCCACUGCCCAUGAACAGAAGGCAUCGAAGGUCCAGCGCUUGCCAAGCCAGCUGCAGGCCCUCCUGCCCACCUCGCAGCUCAGUGCUCCCAGGGAGCUGGAUGCCGCGAAUGUUCUUACGGAGCAGCAGACCAAGGCUGUCCAGUAUGUGGCCAGCAUGGCCCGGCCGAAGAGCCAGAAUGCAGAGCCUGGCUUGCAAAGGCGCCUCUCGAAGUGGGGCUACAGCAAGGACACGCUGACUAAAGUCCUCGCUUACAUCAGGGACGAGGCACCCAUCGUGAUCCAUGUCGACUUGGUGAAGUACGUGUCGUGCUUUCAAGCGGACACCCACUACCGAAAUCAGUUCGAGACGCGGACGACAGGGGGCUCAAGCGACCUUGGCAAGCGGAAGGCCUGGGAAAGUCGCCUCUUCCCCGAAAGCUACGACGAGGUGCAGCACUUUGACCGUGUCAAGUACGGCGUCCUGAAUGCUGUGAAUGACCCGCGUGGCAUUGUUUCGGUGGCCAAGCAGUACGGACAGGACUACCUUGUGCUCCGGGGUGCCCGGCUGCGAACCACUUUUUCGGACCGAGACUCCUGCACACAAGGGCAACAAGCUUCUUGCGAAUGGUAUGCCCACGUUCUAGAGAAGUACACAGACGCCGAGCUUCAGGCAGUGACUGAGGUUGCUCUUGGAGACCGCUUGUAUGUGGACUCCACCGUGCUUGACACCGCCGCUGGGGGGUACAAGGAGGUGCAGAUUCACGGAGAGAUUGAGUUCAAGAAGCAUAUCGAAGCUGUGGUGGUGCAUCCUUCCCGGCGCAAGGGCAAACAUCUUGAAAAGAUAGAAGCCUGGUGCCGCGCGAUCAACGUUCCGCUCCUGCGAAUGCCCGAGUACUGCGACGGCACGGCCUUCGAUGCCCCCUGGCCCCAGGCCUCAGGGUCCCAGCUUGUGGCGGAGACACCCCUCUGGAGAUGGAGACCCCUGCACUCCACCGGACCUUGGGUGAGGUUCGAUGUUAUUUCGUCCUCAGUCCUGGAGGCCCGACGGCGGGAUGUCAGCGAUGAGCUCCCCUGCAUCCCUGCGGGCAGUGUCUGCAACCUCAACCUCUCGGCCAUGACCGCCAGAGUCUUCGUUGACCGGAGCGAGGUCGAAUUGAGUUUGCAGCGCCGCACUGCUGGUGCAGGUGCUCGGGAGCGCGCGGGCGAAAACCGAUCUCGCAACCACAAAUCCUUUGUUUGGGAGUUCCUCGGCCUCCUUCAGCUACAUGGAUUUGGGUAA